CUCCGCGCAAGUACACGCCUGUCCAGCGGUGUGAUGCCGCAGCUCCCACGGGCUGCACUGUGGAGAAGCGGACUUGCAUCCUAAAGCCUCUCUCUCUCUCUCUCUCUCUCUCUUUCUCUCCUGGUUUUUAUCGUCCACCUCAUUGCAGUCUUAUCACGUCCCCCCUCUUGCUCUGAUACCCCCUCCCUCUCUCCCCAUCCGCCUCAGCAGCUACAGGAGAGAGAGCGGGAGAGAGAGAGAGGGAGAGAGAGAGAGAGAGAGUGCGGCUGAAUGUGAACGACAUGUCGACAGUCAGCCUCUAAAGUGUUUUCUCGGUCGUUCCUUAAUUCUUUGGCGGCGGACUGAGUGAGUAUUGCCCGCAUCCCUGCUCUGCUUAUCGUCGCUGUGUGUGGAUCAGAGAGAGAGAAGCUGCUGCUGCUGCUGCUGGUUGUUGGGAAGAGACACACAGACAAUGGGGAAUGCAAUUGGAUUGCGUUACUCUUGCCAAGGAUUUUCAUACAUAGCUUGUGCUGUGAAGGGCCAAUGACGGGCUGUAGCCCCAGGCUGCUGCGCUGAGAAGCAGAAGUAAGGAGGAUGCAGUGGGUCACUCUGGCAGUGGCCCUGGGGUGUGUGUGUGUGUCGUGGGCAUCGCACACCCCCACCCCCACCCCCACCUCCACGCACACCCCUCUGGUGGACAACUCCGAGGAGGAAGUGGACGAGCCUUGCUUCGAGCCCUGCACGUGUGAGGUCAAAGAGGGCGUGCUGCACGUGCACUGCGAUGGGCGGGGCUUCACCAAUGUCAGCCAGGUGUCACAAUCAUGGGUCCGCCCUUUCAAACUCAACCUCCAGAGGAACUCUCUAAGGCGUCUCUAUAGCAACGGGUUUCAGCACCUUGGCAACGCAGUGUCGAUAAACCUUGGCAACAAUGCACUCCAGGACAUCCGAGUGGGAGCUUUUCAUGGGCUGGCCAAACUGAGACGCCUGUAUCUCCACGAGAACAAGCUGGAGGUCUUCAGAAAUGACACCUUCGCUGGCUUAGAGGCUCUGGAAUACCUCCAGGCUGACUACAAUGUGAUCAAACGAAUUGACAGCGGCGCUCUGAGGUUCCUCUACAAGCUCCGGGUUCUCAUCCUCAAUGACAACCUGAUCCCCGUCUUACCUGCUCAUUUGUUCAGAUCUGUGUCUCUGACUCAUCUGGACCUGCGGGGAAACCGUCUGAAGAGCCUAGCAUAUGCUGGGACCCUGGAGUACAUCGGUCGCUCCCUGAUGGAGCUACAGCUCGAGGAGAAUCCUUGGAACUGUGGCUGCGAGGCAGUGCAGCUCCAGCAGUGGCUGGGUCAGAUCCCCUACACGGCCGUCGUUGGGGAUGUUACAUGUGAAUAUCCCUUCCAUCUUCACGGCAAGGACCUGCGGGAAAUCCCGCGAAAGGAGCUGUGUGCAGUUCUGCCGGAUAAAGAGCUUCAAGGAGAGGGGGGCGGCACGUCGACAGGAUCACAGCCCCAACAUUUGCCUCCUAUCUCGAAACCCAACUCCCACCCAGGGCGAGUCAGACCAACUAAACCCUCCUCUAUGGUCCAUGGCUCUCGCCAGAACACUCACACUUCUUCCACAUCGUCGUCUUCUUCCUCGGCAGAGCGUAAAGACAGGGACAGGCACCUGAGACCGACUAAAAGGCCAAGACCCUCGAGAAUAUCCCCUACACCUCGCAGCCUGAUUCCCAACCAGAAUCCCCCGGUGGCCGGCUACCAAACACGGCCCCCCAUCCCCAUCAUCUGUCCCCUGGGCUGCACUUGCAACCUGCACAUCACAGACCUCGGCCUGACUGUCAACUGCAAGGAGAACGGCUUCGUCAACGUGUCCCAGCUCACGCCUCGGCCCCUCAAUGGCCGCAAGCUUUACCUGAGUGGGAAUUUAAUUCAAAGGAUCUACCGUACAGACUUCUGGAAUUUCUCCAGUCUCGACCUGCUUCACCUGGGGAACAACCGCAUCUCCUACCUUCAGGAGGGGGCGUUCUCCAGCCUGACAAGCCUGAGGAGCCUCUACCUGAAUGAGAACAACCUGGAGAGGCUCAGCCCGCACGUGUUCCUGGGGCUGCAAAAUCUAAGGUUCCUUUAUUUUGAGUAUAACGAAAUCCACGAGAUAGAUCCUGGGACGUUGGACACCAUGCCGUCCCUGCAGCUGUUGUUCCUCAACGCCAACCUCCUGCGGAGCCUCCCUCUCGGUGUGUUUUCUGGAGUUAAUCUGGCUCGACUCAAUCUGAGGAACAACCACCUUUUGCAGCUUCCUAUGGAGGGCGUGCUGGAGCACUUAACCAGACUCGUGCAGGUGGAUCUGCAGCAGAACCCGUGGGAGUGCAACUGUGAAGCGGCUCCGCUCAAGCGCUGGCUGGAGGGGCUCAGCGCCGUGGUGGUGGUGGGAGAGGUGGUCUGCCAUUCCCCGGAGAAGACCAAAGGCGUCGAUCUGCGCUCCCUCUCCAUGGAGCUGCUCUGCCCCGAGCUGGAGACGCAGGAGGACCAGGAGCGCGAGGAGCACACGGCCACCUCCACAGCUGCAGACACAGGUGUAUCGGUUGGCUACCCGAGCUCAGGGCUGGGCCCCCUGAUCCCUCCGGGGAAGGAUUCAAUCCCUCUGUCGGUGUUAGUGCUCAGCCUGCUGGUGUUAUUUGUCUCUGCGUUCUUCGCAGCAGCGGCACUAAUCGCCUAUGCCCUGAGGAGGCGGGACAAGCUGCCAUUCCGUCGCCAGGGAGAGGUGGACUUGGCCGGCAUCCAGAUGGAGUGUGGCAUAUUCACCGAGCAGACGCACCAUCACCACCACCACCACCACCACCACCACAGUCUUCCAGAGACUCCGCCUCUGCCUCCGCCGGAACACAAUCACGUCUAUGACACAAUCAUGCCCCCAGUGGCGGCAUCCAAGGGUUCCGACCACGGCGCAGCCUCGCACGUGUGUGGCAGCGGCGGCAGCGCCACCUACAAGGAGGAGCAGGACGCGGCGGUGAAGCAGCGGCCGCGGCAGCAACAGGCGUUCGCCGCCUCCAAAGAGAGCGAGGGAGGGUACCACUCUGCAGCAGAGAAGGAGAGGGACUGGACUCUGGAGGUGUCCUCGUCACCCAUCAGCACUGUUACAGGAGCAAUGGGACCACUUGCCGAUCUCCACGGCAACGGCAUCCUCUGCCCCACCGUUAUAGACAGCCAGGGCCCCACCCCUAAAGUUGAACUGGUGGACUGCCUCUUCAGACUCCCCACCCCAGAGUUCAGAGACCUGCCAGAUAGGUACGCCAGGCCCCCGCCCCGCUACCCGCACCCCCAAGACUCUAAACAGGACACCAGACCCGACCCAGUGCUCGUGGUCACCACAAUCGGCUCCACAGCGGGCGGGAGCAACGGCAGCCAGAGCGAGCAGGCUGCAGGGGAGCAGCAGGCCAGGCUGAGGACCACACCAGACUACAUGGAGGUGCUGGACCGCUCGUACCAGUUCUAACACUUCUACUCCUCCCCCUCCCUUCCACUCCUCCACUGUUACCCCACUUCUCAUGUCUCCUCAUCAUCUCCCUCUUGGGCGAUGAAUCAUCCACUAACAAUGACUCCUGUACAAAGGCUGGCAUGACUUUCAGAGGACCCUGUGGGGAAGCAGGACUACACCACCACACACUAUGUUUAUACCUGGAUAACGAGCUGAGGUCAGUUUUUCUAUUUUCCCCACUACUGGCGUAUAGAUUUGGAAAGGAUUUGCUGAACCCAGAUCUCAGCCUGGAGGCAAAACCUCAGCUGCAGCUACUACAGUAUUUUAUUUCUCCUCCAUCCAUCCAUCCACCACACAACUGUAAAGAACCAAGGCUCUGUGCGUCUACUCGGCGCCACAGUGAGCAUGAGAUGGUGUGCCGUGGUGGUGGUGGUGGGUGUUAAUGUUCAUGUUUUUUUCACUCUCGAAAAAGACCUAUGUGGAGAUGAAACACACACCAGAACUUUGCAACAUCCAACACAGAGUCACGGACGACGACGAUCAGACGACGCAGAGCGAGCCGCACGGACGCAUAGGAGGAAGGGGGAAGCGACGGAGGCAAAGUGAAAAGGGGAGGGGGAAAUUAUUGAAAAACAGCCAAGUGCCUUAGCAAUGAACAGCCAGCAGUGUGGUCAAUGCUUAUUUUUCUAUGAAUACAGAUCUAUUUAUCUAAACAAAGAGGUUUGACUACCAACAGAUGGUACGCUGAUGGACGACUGAGAAUAAAAACCAAUCAAAGCCGCCGAAUAAUUGCAUUCCCUGGAUGAGCCAAAAAUAAUAAUGUACCCAGUCAAUAUUGGAGUUGUUUGUAUGCAGUUCAGUUCAUUUUCAUCUCAUUCAGUUAACUUAAUUUGCUUAUCCCGUUGAAUUUUUACAGAGAUAGACGAGGGGACUUAACCGCGAACAGUUGGUUCCUGUGCGAAAUUAUAUAUAUAUACAUAUAUAAAAAAAACUUCCUGGAAACGAAAGAAAGAAAUUUGUUUUGUUUUUUUUGAAUGCGAGACAAACUAAAGGAAGGACGACGACACAGAAGGACACUGUGGCAACGGAUGCUUUUUUGGAUUUCUUAAUCAGCUCGGGCCAUGGGGACCUCUACGCUUUUCUUUUAUUGGAAAAAGGCAUCAAGGUCAUUGUAUUGGGGUUUUUUUUAAAGUUUUUUUUAGUAUUUCUCAGAGGAAAAUUGAACGGCAAAAAAAAAAAAAGGACUAAAACCAGGACAUGAAGGCUUUUUUUUGUUUCUUGUUGUUUAACAAAAUGACAGACGCUUCUCUUCACUUAUCGAUUAUCUUUUACGGAGGUACCUUUUUAUGCUUUUAUCUCCUACCAAUAGUAGAGGCAGUUGUGAAUAUAUUUAUUCUUAGUUUUUGCGUGUUGAAGCUCCUGUAAGGGAUCAUGGUAUAUUAAUGUAUAGGAUGAUUCUGCAUCUGGUUCAGCCUUCUUACCGCCGACCCAUGAAAUACAAUAAAGGGUGCUAUGUAAAAAAAA